CCACUUUCUUUUCUUUCUUUGGCUACUCCUUGGAUCUGCAAUCCAUGGCAGCUACUACCUCAACAAAUUGCACCAGCUUCUUCAAUCUUGGAGUCAAUUCUGUCGAGCCCGGAGUCCGGUCAUCGUCGACCCAUGUCUCACCCGGAUGUGGAAAGCUUGAUGGUAUGGCCAUGUGGGUCAUCAAUGGCGUCGCAAGCGCCUUUUUCGCGUCUUUGGAACGAUGUUCUUGCAUCCGUAUAGCAACUGUGGAAGACAGUGAUGACGCCAAUGACUUGCCACUGAUCUUCAACGAUGGAAAUUUCCGGCGAGAUGGGGCCCGUGGUAGCCAGAGGAGGACAGGCAAAGGAAAGAAAGAAGCCAUUGUUGAGGACUAAACAACACUUUGAAAACUCAUGUUUCUCCAUGGUAAGUAGUAUUGGGAAGUCUCUGGACUUGGGAGUUGUGAAGGUUUGUUGCUUUAUGGAUUUGAGAGGAUGAAAAAAAAAUGGAAAUAUAUGAG